ACCGGCGGACCCCGCGCUCCAGCCCCAGCCCCGGCCCCGGCCCCGGCCCCGGCCCCGGCCCUCGCCGGGCUCCGCUCGUGCAUACGCGGCCAUGCAGCGCCGGGGCGCCCUGUUCGGCAUGCCGGGCGGCAGCGGCAGCCGGAAGAUGGCCGCAGGAGACAUCGGCGAGCUGCUGGUGCCCCACAUGCCCACGAUCCGCGUGCCCAGGUCCGGGGACAGGGUCUACAAGAACGAGUGCGCCUUCUCCUACGACUCUCCCAACUCUGAAGGUGGACUCUAUGUAUGCAUGAAUACAUUUUUGGCCUUUGGAAGGGAACAUGUUGAAAGACAUUGGAAAACUGGACAGAGUGUGUACAUGCACCUGAAAAGACAUGUACGAGAGAAGGUAAAAGGGGCAUCUGGCGGAGCUUUACCUAAAAGGAGGAAUUCCAAGAUUUUUUUAGAUCUAGAUACUGAUGAUGACUUAAAUAGCGACGAUUAUGAAUAUGAAGAUGAAGCCAAACUUGUUAUAUUCCCAGACCACUAUGAAAUAGCACUACCAAAUAUUGAGGAGUUACCAGCCCUGGUAACAAUUGCUUGUGAUGCAGUUCUCAGCUCAAAAUCUCCAUACAGAAAGCAAGACUCAGACACGUGGGAAAAUGAACUGCCAGUGUCUAAAUAUGCCAACGACCUCACACAGUUGGAUAAUGGAGUCAGGAUUCCUCCAAGUGGUUGGAAGUGUGCCAGGUGUGACCUGCGAGAGAACCUUUGGUUGAAUCUGACCGAUGGCUCUGUCCUGUGUGGAAAGUGGUUCUUUGACAGCUCUGGGGGCAACGGGCAUGCACUGGAGCAUUACAGAGACAUGGGGUACCCUCUGGCUGUGAAGCUGGGAACCAUCACUCCUGAUGGGGCAGAUGUUUAUUCUUUUCAAGAAGAGGAACCUGUUUUGGAUCCUCAUUUGGCCAAGCACUUGGCGCAUUUUGGAAUCGAAAUGCUUCACAUGCAUGGGACAGAGAACGGGCUACGGGACAAUGACAUGAAGCCGAGGGUCAGUGAAUGGGAGGUGAUCCAGGAGUCUGGAACGAAGUUGAAGCCCAUGUAUGGCCCGGGAUACACGGGCCUGAAGAACCUGGGCAACAGCUGCUAUCUCAGUUCUGUCAUGCAGGCCAUCUUCAGCAUCCCAGAGUUCCAGAGAGCGUAUGUAGGAAACCUUCCAAGAAUAUUUGACUACUCACCUUUAGAUCCAACACAGGAUUUCAACACACAAAUGACUAAGCUAGGACAUGGCCUUCUUUCAGGCCAGUAUUCAAAACCUCCAGUGAAAUCUGACCUCAUUGAGCAGGUGAUGAAGGAGGAGCACAAGCCUCAGCAGAAUGGGAUCUCUCCGCGUAUGUUCAAGGCCUUUGUCAGCAAGAGCCACCCAGAAUUUUCUUCCAACAGACAGCAAGAUGCUCAGGAGUUUUUCUUACACUUGGUGAAUCUUGUAGAAAGGAACCGCAUUGGUUCAGAAAACCCAAGUGAUGUGUUUCGAUUUUUGGUGGAAGAACGAAUUCAGUGCUGUCAGACCCGGAAAGUCCGCUACACGGAGAGGGUGGACUACUUGAUGCAGUUGCCUGUGGCCUUGGAGGCAGCAACCAACAAGGAUGAACUAAUUGCCUACGAAUUAACAAGAAGGGAAGCAGAAGCCAAUAGAAGACCCCUUCCUGAGUUGGUGCGUGCCAAAAUACCAUUCAGUGCUUGCCUUCAAGCCUUUUCUGAGCCAGAAAAUGUUGACGAUUUCUGGAGCAGUGCCCUCCAAGCCAAGUCUGCGGGUGUAAAAACAUCUCGCUUUGCCUCAUUCCCUGAAUACUUGGUAGUGCAGAUAAAGAAGUUCACUUUUGGUCUUGACUGGGUUCCCAAAAAAUUUGAUGUUUCUAUUGAUAUGCCAGACCUACUUGAUAUCAACCAUCUCCGAGCCAGGGGGCUACAGCCAGGAGAGGAGGAACUUCCAGACAUUAGUCCCCCCAUCGUCAUUCCUGAGGACUCAAAAGAUCGCCUGAUGAACCAAUUAAUAGACCCCUCAGAUAUUGACGAGUCUUCAGUGAUGCAGCUGGCCGAGAUGGGCUUCCCUCUAGAAGCGUGUCGGAAGGCCGUGUACUUCACUGGAAACAUGGGAGCUGAAGUGGCUUUCAACUGGAUCAUUGUUCACAUGGAAGAGCCGGAUUUUGCGGAACCACUGACGAUGCCUGGUUAUGGAGGAGCAGCGUCUGCUGGAGCCUCUGUGUUUGGUGCUACUGCAUUGGAUAACCAACCUCCAGAGGAAAUUGUAGCUAUCAUUACCUCCAUGGGAUUCCACCGGAAUCAGGCUGUGCAGGCACUAAAAGCAACGAAUAAUAACCUGGAAAGAGCACUGGAUUGGAUCUUUAGCCACCCUGAGUUUGAAGAGGACAGUGACUUUGUGAUUGAGAUGGAGAAUAAUGCCAAUGCUAACAUCAUUUCUGAGGCUAAGCCCGAAGGACCUAGAGUCAAGGAUGGAUCUGGAAUGUAUGAAUUAUUUGCAUUCAUCAGCCACAUGGGAACUUCUACGAUGAGUGGGCAUUAUGUUUGCCAUAUCAAGAAGGAGGGAAGAUGGGUGAUCUACAAUGACCACAAAGUUUGUGCCUCUGAAAGGCCUCCUAAAGACCUGGGUUACAUCUACUUUUACCGCAGGAUACCAAGCUAAACCUCAGACACACGAAUUGGCGAGCAGAAGCCAUACACCUUUUUAGUUUGCUGAGAGAGAGAGAGAGAGAGAGAGAGAGAGAGAGAGUUGGAACAGAUCGGAAGAAUACAUAGGGUAUUUAUAAUUUAAAUAGCACGCUCAUUGGACUAGAACUGGAAACAUUUCUGUUAGUGAUGAUACUCUACUGUAGAUAGUUUUUUAUAAAUGUUCAAGGAGAGGGUCAUAGAAACAAAGAAAUUCACAUUGCUGGUGUGAUGUCUACCUUGAGCAUAUCAGAAAUCAUGGGGGGUGCGCCCACCCUCUGUAUUGCUUUGAGGGUCAGAGGUAGUGGCCCUCAGAGAAAUCAGUUCAUGUGGCCAGUGAUGAGGCCUCACCUCACAAAAUAGAAAGCCUACUUUUGUUUCAUAAAGAAAAUUAGCUUCUAAGCUGGGCUUUAUUUGUGGCAUAGUUUUUUUCAUUAUGCACAGUAAUUUCUGACCUGUCUAUGUAUAAUAGGACAUCCUCAAUGAAAGAUCCUUUGAAUUUAAAUCAUUAUCAAAAUUCAUAAUACAAUUGUGUGAAUGUUUGUGUGAGUGAGUGUGAGUGUGUAACUUUGGUAGUUCACUAGAAAAAUCUGGGAUGGAUUGAUUUUUAAAGGCUAACUAGUUGAUAUGAAGCGAACCUGGAGAAGACGAGUAAAUUAAAUAUUUCAACAAAACUCUAACUCAGGAGCAGUUUUAAAAUUAGUUCCCUGCUUGGAUUUUAAGGAGUGGAAAGCACUGAGUCACCCCAUAGUGUGUGGCUCGCUGGGGUUUGUGUUACUUGGAGGAUUAAGGCCAGAUGCCCACAGCAGCUUAGUACUACACUUUGCCGAAGGUAGUUGGCUUCUCUCUUUCCCAGCAGCUGGCUCCCCAACACAUCCAGUGUUUAUGUUUAGGUAGAAUAGUUAACCUUUUCAACUGAAGAUGACAUUCUACUACUUGAGCUCCAUUGAUCUUUUAUUUGCAUAUCACACAACCCCCUGGAAUCAUGUUAAAAUGAUUUGGCCAUCAUUUUGUCUUAUCUGCUCUCCUUGCUUCGAUUUCUACAUUUUUUUCUGCGAUCAUCUCUGCCCUGUUUUUGGCUUCUCACUUUCUGAUUUAUCCUGGAGCUUUUCUCCUGUCACCCACAGUAUGAUUUGGGGCUCUCUUAAGAAUUUCAGAUGUGAAAAAACUUUGAUGACAUUGUUAAAAAUCAUCCUUUCCAUUUUGAUUAUUUGUAUAUUUCAGUUGCAACCUGGGAUUAGAUUGGUUUUAAAUGUGAUUUAAGAAAAUGGAAUGAUAGUAUUCUAUAAUUUUUCUUCCACUUUACAAAAAUUCUAGCCUCUGAAGUUUCUAUUUCAGAUUAUUCAAAUGAAAAAAAAAAACAACAAAAACCACUUUAUUGCUGUCUAUUUAACAUAUAUUGGUUUGGUUGAAGGAUUUUUCCAGAAACUAUAGUUGAUGAAGCAGUACUCAUUGGAUGAAAUAAUGCAGACAUAUUGGAUUAGGAUGUGGUGAGUUCUGAACACUCAGGGUCCCAGCUGUGAUAAGGGCCACUAUUUCCCAGCUCAUGUAUGCCAUGUGAGCAGGGGACACAGAGCCCAGAGACCUGGGUGCUACCCCUAAUGGGCUGUGGACCUUGAGCCCCUCCCUCAUCUCCCCAUGCCUCACUCUACUCAUCUGCACAGGGGUGUGUGGACGCCUCCCAUCUCUUCCCGGUUUUGCUCUGAGGCUACAGUAAGAGCUGAGAGGAUGAGCCUUUAGAGAGAAGGUCGGUGCCAUGGUGGACCCCAGUAGAAUGUAGUCCUGGCCAUCUCUUCAUUUGAUGCUUUCUUCAAUUUGGGAACAAAUGAGAUUGACAAAAGGAGGGAGCUCAUGGUGUAGAAUUCUCUAUGACACUGUACCCACUGGUGUUGCCUUCUGGUGUUGCCUCAGAGAGCUUCAGGCAGUCUCACUUUGUCUUGGAAGUCCCUGACUCCUGUGGAGAUCCGCACACUAAGCAGCCUUAUGAAAUCCAGUCCUCUGAGGGCUGAGUAUCAGCAAAUAACAAGUCCAAACAUGUUUCAAAAAUAGCUUCUUUUCAAUGAUGUAACAAAGCAAAGAUCUUUUUCUGGGAAGAGAAGAAGUCCUGGGGAGGAGGGGAUGAAUUGAAAUGUGAACAUAGAUAGCAUGUGUAUUUUGAACAAAAAACAUUUUUAUAACAAAAUUUUGGAAAAAUCAAUGGUGUAAAACCUACAUUUAAGAUUAGGGGCUAUAAAUGAUUUGAUUUCACUAGGUAGGAAAAACAAAUUUAGCCCUUUUGAUGCCUAACUAUAUUGUAAGAAACCAUAUCAUGGCUGCCUUUUUUCUGCCUCAAAAAACCAAGGGCUAUUUCUACAAGGUGAAGUUUUCUAUAUGUGUUAUUCUUUCUUUCAGAUCAACAGUUGGGAAAAACUGGAGCAAUCAAUGGCUUUCUUUCUUGCUUAAAAAUGUGUCUGUAUGUGUCUCCUAAUAUAACGUGUAUAGAGGAGGACUUCCUUGAAGAUCUAUCUGAAAUGUACCAGCUAAUUUGACAUGUGUGGGGGUGAGCUUCCUGUGGUGGCACCUGGAGUAAUGGCUGUUUUGUGUCAGUGUAUCAGCCUAUUAGGGGCCUUCUGUGUGAGGUGUGCUGUUAUCACGUGAAACCCUCUGUAUGUAGGUGUCUGUGGGAAAGACAGCUCUUUCUUCCUGUAAAUAUCUUUUCAUAUACAUUGUGUAGAUAUCAAAGAAGGUACCUUUGGAAAAUGUAAUAUAUCAGUUUUUAUUUUGUCCAUUUGUCUGAAAAUCCAAGUAAUGAAUCAGAAAUCCAGUUUGGCUGAGAUGGGAAUUUUCUUUGAAAAGAAAAAAGAAGUAUGCAGAAAAGACUAUGAGGAGAAUCAUGUUUUAAUCACAUUUUAUUUCAGUGUUACCUUGGUGUUUUGAAAUUGACUAGCCUGUUUUCUUGAACCUGUAGGAGAAUGUAUCUGCCAUUUCUCUGUUUCUCACUUUGGGCUCACUACAUUAUUUAUUCCCCGCACCUGGGCCACAGUUUUACCUGUAGUUGUAAGGAGAACACCUCAGCUGUGCCCUCUGUGUUGGGGCUGUCACUUUAUAUUUCUUAGCUUCUUUGUUUGAAAUGAAUGGGUCAGAUGAGCAAAGUGGUCCACACCUGUAAUCCCAGCUAGGCAGAAGAGAUUGGGAAGACUGAGGUUGGAGGCGCCUCUAGGCAAAAAGUUAGCAUGAUACCAUUUUGAGAGAUAAACUGGCUUCAUGGUACAUACUUAUAAUCUCAGCUGGUUGGAACAGAUAGGCUGGCUAGGUAGUCUGAGGCCACCUUGGUCUAAAACUCAAGACUGUAUAUGAAAAAAUAACCUGAAAGUGACAAGCGUUGAAGUAUGGCUCAGGUGGUAGAGCACAAUCCUAGUACUGACACAUCAAAACAAAAUAAAAAUAUUUAAGUAAGUUAGACCAGAUAAACUCAGAAGUUCUUUCCUGCCCUGAUAUCCACUUCUGUUGUUUUUAAAAAAAUUAUUAUUAUUCCUGUGAUUUUUUUUCAAGAACAAGACAUAUAAAUUACAGGGCUUGUUGAGAGGUUUAGCUUAUACACCCAGUGUGGGACUUGUGUCAUUUUUGUGCCCUCACCCCAUUUCUGUCCCUGCCCUACUUGUUUUGACUUUCUUUAGUAAUCAUCCUACUUUCUUCUCAUACUUGAGAUUUUCAGCUUUCCAGUCUACAAGGAAGUACUUUGCUACAGUUCCCCUCAAAACUAAACUCAAACCAAACUAAACAUCCAUUUAAAACACCCACAUUCAAACUAAAUAAAAACAUCCAUUGAAAACAUCCUCUUGGAGCUGGAUGCUGGUGGGUCAUAAUCCUAUAAUCCUAAUAGGCUAUAAUCCUAACCCAUAAUAGGCUAUAAUCCUAGGUACUCAGGAGGCUGAGAUCUGAGGAUCAUGGUUUGAA